CCCCGCGAUAGCCGCCAGCGCGGCACGGACCGGCGGGCGCGCACGGCGCGAGCCCGCGGCCACCUCGCUGCCUCCGGGACGCGCGGGCGGCUCUACGCGCCCUGGCGCGGCGCUGGGACUCAGGGCCAGCCCCGCGGCCGCGCACAAAGGACCGGCGGAGCCCGGGUCUCCAGGGGGCUGCUCCCAGGGACGCGCCGGGGGACAGAUCGGCCGCGCCGCCUACCUUCCCCGAGCGGGCCCCAUCCUAUGCCCGCGGCGCUCCGGCCACCGGCGAGCGCGCGUGCCUCCCGCUUCGCAGCGCUCUGGCCGGGGGUGGCCCGCGCCGCCGCGUCCCGCUGAGUGGCCCCGCCGGCCCGCGCGCUCGGGGGACAGCCGCGGUGGGGAGCCCGCGCCGCCGCCGGGGCCGAGCCUAAAAUGGCCACGCUGCUCCGCAAGAUCGGGCUCAUCCGCCUGCACAACCGGGACACCGAAGACCCUAAGCACCCCCACAACCACCGCGGCGGCGGCGGCGGCCCGCAGAGCGCGUCGCUGCGCGCCAAGGGCGGCCCGAAGAGCGGCGGCCACAAACAGCCGCCCCCGCCGCCCCCCGGGGGCGACGCGAGCCCGGGGCCGGGCCGGGGCAGGCGCGCGGCCGAGCCGACUCCCCCGCAGCCGGCGGCGGCGGCGGCGGGCGCCGGGGGACCCCGGGAGCGGGCUGCGGGCGCCAGGGCGGGUCCGGCGGCCCGGGAGGCGGCGGCGGGCGGCAGCCUGGGGCCCGCGGCGCGACAGCAGCACUGCACGCAGGUGCGCAGCCGGCGGCUCAUGAAGGAGCUGCAGGACAUCGCGCGCCUCAGCGACCGCUUCAUCUCCGUGGAGCUGGUGGACGAGAGCCUCUUCGACUGGAACGUGAAGCUGCACCAGGUGGACAAGGACUCGGUGCUGUGGCAGGACAUGAAGGAGACCAACACCGAGUUCAUCCUGCUCAACCUCACCUUCCCCGACAACUUCCCCUUCUCGCCGCCCUUCAUGCGGGUGCUCAGCCCGCGCCUGGAGAACGGCUACGUGCUGGACGGCGGCGCCAUCUGCAUGGAGCUGCUCACGCCGCGCGGCUGGUCCAGCGCCUAUACCGUGGAGGCCGUCAUGCGCCAGUUCGCUGCCAGCCUGGUCAAGGGCCAGGGGCGGAUCUGUAGAAAAGCCGGCAAGUCAAAAAAGUCCUUCAGUCGCAAGGAAGCAGAAGCGACCUUUAAGAGUUUGGUGAAGACUCAUGAAAAAUACGGCUGGGUGACCCCACCCGUCUCUGAUGGCUGAUGUCGGCAUCGUGCCGCCUCUCCACACACAGAGUCCCCAUCUCCCCCUCAACACUGCACAUCCCGCCUCCUUUUUUACUCCAGCCAGGACUGUCUCAUGAAUGUCAAGGAGACGUUUUAAGUUAUUUAUGAACAAACGUGUUUACAGAGAGAAAGAGGGAGCAGACGCUGUUCGGGAUUAAGUUUCGAUUAUAAAUGAAUGAUCAACUUUAAGUCACUUUAGAACAAAUGUUGAGACGCUGACGUUUCCCAGCCCCUCCCCGUCCUGCCCGCUCUGGCCGUCUUGUCCUUCUCUUCUUUCCAUGACAGCAGCUCCCACGGGCAGGCAGGAACCCAGUGCCCCGCUUGACUCAUUUCCACGCGAAUGGCGCCGUUCGUGUUUCAUGAGGACGCGUGCGUCCCCAGUACAUGUUUGCCGUACUCUGUAUCUUCCCGGCAGGUCAACAUAACUUGAAGACAUGUCCUUUUGUCCUUCUGUGGCCCUUGGUCCACUGUGACGACAUUUAGACCCCAUUUGUGCUAUGACGUUUGGCUCAUGAAAACAAAAAUUUACUAUCGCCAGGUUCCAGUGAUUCAAAAACACAACUGCCCAUUUUGGUUAAAUGUGCUCUCUCUGCUGAUUUUGUGGUGUGCUGCUGUCCGCUGAUAAACCUGCACAGUUAGGUGAGAGGCAGGGGACACUGUGGCCGCCGGACACGGCCAGGACAGACGCCGGGGACGCCUUCCCUGGGACGCAGAGCAGCGACGGGCAGCGGUGAGAGCAGUCGCAUCUGAUGCGAUGAAGUACUCCUCGGAUGGUGCAUUGUGCUCCUGUCUUCUCUCAGCUGGUCCGACAGCCACCAACAGCAAGCGACGGUUCACCAUGCACUGACAUCAUCAGACUCAUUUUCUCCUAUGUGCUAGUGACGGUGAACGCCAGAACUUCCAAAGGACACCAAGUGACCGUAUGACGAUUUGCAUGACCGGGUUUCUUUCUCCCCCCCAGUCACUUGCGUGCCCCCAACGCCGGGGUGUGUGAGCACCCUGCUGUGAUAUAUAUGUCCUGUUAUUUAAUCUCCACCAUUUACUUUUGUCUCUUCUGUUAAGUUCCUUAGAACUUUCUAAGAAACUCCAUGAAAUGAGGAAAUGCUAUUUAUAAUGAUAUGCGGAAAGAAAUAAAAAAUGUUCAUUCCAAGUGGAAAAUCUUAUUGGACACAUUUUAAAUAAAAUCAUGCAUACCUGA